GGCGGCCUAAAAAUAUCACGUUAAAGAGAGAGAAGUUACUAUUCCUCUACUGUAUGUGUGCCCUCCUGCAUACUGUGGAGAGAAAACACACACAUAUGCACACACUUGAGGACAGGAUCUUGAGUCUGCAGUCCCCCAUGACAGGGAGACACAGGACGGUUGAACUAUGUCCUCCUGUGUGGUAAAAUCAAGAGGAAAGAACCCCUAUGCGGCAGUCCAGGUGGACCCAGAUAGUGAUUACAUCACACCGGGUACACUAGACCUGGAGCAGCUCUUUUGGACCGGCCCCAGUGCUCAGUAUGCACACGUCAACCAAGUCUGGACCAAUGUCUUCAUCGGGGAUGAGAAGACAGCCCUGGAGCGACCUGGUCUGAAGGAGUUGGGCAUCACACAUGUGCUGAAUGCUGCGGAGGGCAAGUGGAAUAACGUGCUGACUGGUGCAGAUUACUACGCUGACAUGGACAUCCAAUAUUUUGGCGUGGAGGCUGACGAUAAACCCACCUUUGACAUCUCCCAGUUCUUCUGUCCGGCGACACAAUUCCUCAGCGAGGCCCUGAACCAACCACAAAACAAGGUGUUGGUGCACUGCGUGAUGGGUCGCAGCAGGUCAGCCUCUCUGGUCUUGGCCUACCUGAUGAUGGAGCACGGCUUGACUGUGGUGGAUGCCAUUGAGCACGUGCGACAGCGCCGCUGCAUCUUGCCCAACCAUGGCUUCCUGAAGCAGCUCAGAGCUCUUGACAUCGCCCUGCAAGAGAAGAAGCUCCGAGUGAAAAGACAGAUGCAAGACAAACACUCGUGAACAUUAAAAAUCUGAAUCUUUUA